AUGAAUCGGGCCCAGCAGAUCCUCGCUCGCAACUCAGAUCCAGCAGUCGUCACCGGGCGCCUGAACGUCCAGGACUUUGUUUCCGCGCGUAAAGCCGAGAUCGAAAGACUGGAGGCUUCACUUGGUGCCGCUGCUACACAGGGAAAGAAGAGAGCGUUUCAGACAGUGCCUCGCCGACUACGUCGCAGAACAGCCAGCCACAAUCCCGAGCGGGUUCCUAAGCGGUUGCGGAAACGUGCCCGAAUGGAGGCCUCUCAGGAUGCUGCAGUCGCACCGCGAAAAAAACCGGAUCACGGUAGACUACAGCAUACCCCUCAACCUACAGAUCACACGGGAAUUGGUACCAAGGCAUCUCGUCCUCCCGGGUUACGAUACGCGAAACGACAAAAGUCAGUAACGUGGUUGCCAACUCAUAUCUGGCACACCAAACGUGCACAUUUGGAGACCUUGUGGGGCUAUAAAGUCCCCGUACGCCCGACCCUCAAAUUUUACCGUGCCACACAUCGAAUCAGCGAAGAGCUCGAGGCUGGCAUGGCUUGGGACACUAGCUAUUUCGCUACGAUAAUUGUUGAGGGAGACCGCGGCAAACUUGAGCAAAAAGUUGGCAAAUCUUUUGUGAAUGCUACAAAGCCAAUUUACACAAACGGGGUCAAAGUAUGGCAGGGUCAAUUGGAGGAAGGGCCCGUACUGCUAUACUGGCAACCAGCUUGCCUGGUGGCUCACGUGCAUCCUGAAUUGUUUGAGACUGUUUGGAAUUUGUUUGAUGGGUUUCAAAGACAAGACUGCAGGUACAGCAUAGGAUCAAUUGAGGUUCUUGGGAAGCGGGCUCUAAGUACCCUAGUAGCCAGUCUGCGGCUACACAAGUCUUGCGAUAAAUCAGUCGAGACAUCGUGGCGGUCUCUGGCUCUAGUUGGUAGUGUGGAGAGUUUACCGCGACAUUCUGUGUUGAAUCUAAACAUUUGCGACCCAAGAGGUUACGUUGCCCACAAGCAGCGACCAAAAGGCACAGUGGAGAAGGCCGUAGAUACGUUGACCAGCUGGCCGUCAACCACAGCCCAGCUAUUUGAUGCAGAAACCCGGCGUGCUUCUGUUUGCUCCCAGCAAAGCCUUGAGGAAAUAAACAAACAACGGGUUGCAGGAACGACCCUUACAAUUGCCGACCCAGCCAUACCUGUUACAUUAAUCGCUCUCGAUGGUGGCCGAAUUCGCAUGCUCUUGCCAUGGGCUUGGGUGAACCCUGUUUGGAUGACCUUGAUGCAUUCUCAGUUAUCCGUUGGUGGGAUGAAACAGCAAGAGCAAAUCGCUUUUGAACGUGGCGUUUGCAGUUUCCCCAGGGACUAUCCUCUAACUCCUGCCGGUCAAGCAUGGGCUGCCGCUGAUAGGAAAAUUAGGUAUGACGCUUAUUUCCGCCGCCCGGCUGCGAAACGCGUUUCAUAUACACAAGAAAUCGGUGACGCAUUUACGUGUGACUGGUCUCUCUUGGGCGACCAAGCCCUGAAUGUUUCACCAGUAGUAGUUCGAACAGUGCUCCGGGGCGCUCCGCAGGACGGAGCCCGGAUUUAUGCUCUGCCACCGGAUGAUUAUCAACAUUGGCUACGAACGGCAAAUCAAGAAACAGCUCCCUCUUCUCUGCCUUCUACUCCCGGCCUCGAAUUCCUGAUUGGUUUUGUAACCUCUGGAAACUUUAAUUUACAGACGGGCACCGGAAUCGGCGUAGGCAGUUGCCUACAGAAUAAAGGAUGGUGCUUGGUGCGCAAUGUGGGACAGACACUGUGUCGCCUAGCGAAACUUGAACCAGCAAAGAUGUAUUUUUAA